UUUUUUUUUCUAGUGUUGUAUAUUCAUUCUUAUGGUCAGUGAUCAUACUAGAGCUGUAUCUGAUGAGCGAACUGCUCUAUUGGAAGCAUCUCCUGUGAAACAAACGAAACCAUGUUGGAAAGAUCUUCAUCCCUAUAUUCGUCCUUUGAUUGCCUCCAACUUUAUUGCUCUCAUAGCAGGUCUCAAUGAUGGCAACUUGGGUAUCAUUAUCCCUCGUCUUAAAAUAUAUUACGAUAUAUCCGAUGCAACGGUGUCUAUUCUAUUUUUAUGUAAUGCUCUUGGAUUUUUUAUGGCGGCUGGUUGCAAUGGGUAUCUUGUACACAAAUUUGGUCAAUUGAAUACAAUCUUUUUGGGUGCAGGUGCAAUCACUGGUGCUUACUUAAUUCUGGUCCAGGGUCUGGCUUUUCCUAUCAUGUGCUUCUGUAUGAUGAUUCAAGGAGGGGGUGUAGGUUUAAUGGAUGGUGCUGUGAAUGUCUUUGUAGCAAACAUUCCUAUGGCUACAUUGAUGUUGAAUAUUCUCCAUGCUAUUUAUGGUGUAGGUGCGAUGAUCACGCCAUCAAUAUCUACUGCGCUACUUGCUCAUAAUAUAUCUUGGAAAGGCAUCUAUGUAUUUUUAUUAUUUGUGGCUCUAGUGAAUAUUGUGCUGAUCACCAUUGGAUUUCGAAAUGUGGAUUUGGAAGGCAAAACAUCACAAACGACAACAACUUCCACUGAUGAACAACAAGAUGAUAAAUCUGUACGACGACUCGCCAUUUUCAAUCGUAUGACAUUACUUGGUGCACUUUAUAUCCUUACUUACGCUGGCGUAGAAGUAUGUGUAGGAGGAUGGGGUUACUCCUAUUUGACACAAGGGAUGAAUGGCAAUGAAAUUGAUAUGGGCUAUGUGAUUUCCGGGUACUGGGCAGGGCUCGCCGUGGGUAGAUUGAUUCUUGGAUGGUUUACUGGUACAUAUGGUGAGAAACGCAUGAUCUCUAUCUUUACUAUUACCGCAGCAAGUCUUCUCUUGUUAAUAUUUCUUGUACCUGAUAUAUGGUUGGAUUCUCUUUUCAUGAUUCUUGUUGGUUUCUUUAUUGGUCCCAUGUUCCCAUCUUGUGUUUCUUUGGCUUCCAAAGUCCUUCCUCGAAAUAUGCAUCCUACUGCCAUUGGGUUUAUGUCUGCAUUUGGUGCUGGUGGAGCAGCCUUCUUUCCCUUUUUGGCUGGACAGAUUGCUGGUUUUGUUGGAAUCAUUUAUAUGCCUCUUGCUUGGUUUACUUGUGCUGUGGUGAUGCAAGUGAUCUGGACUUUUAUUCCCAAUGGCAAAUCUAAAAUGUUAUUUUAGACGGAUGCUUUUAAUUUAGUAUCUAUAUCAAAGAAAUAAA